AUGUCUGAGGCGGAAGCCUUUGCAUCCCGGGGCUUUGCAACGCUUGCAUAUGAGACAGUCUGCUCAAAGCCACAGCAGGCCAGCACGCAGCCUGACAAGCCGACCGCACUGGUGGUCCAUGGCCUGCUAGGAUCGGGGAGAAACUGGAGGACAUUUGCAAGGAACCUGGCCAAUCAAGCUGCAUCCACAAGCGGCAGGCCUUGGAAGAUGGUGAUGGUGGAUCAGCGCAACCAUGGGGCCUCGGCAGGGCUGCCACUGCACCCGCCCCACAGCAUAGACGCUGCCGCGGGAGACCUGACCAGGCUAGUACAGACAGAGCUGGGUGGCAGGAUGCCCAAGGCUGUGCUCGGCCACUCCCUGGGCGGCAAGAUUGUGCUGGAGUUCCUGCAACAGAGCAGCCAGGAGGGCCAAAUGAUUGUGUGGCAGGUGUGGGUGCUGGACUCCCCGGUGGGAAGAUGGAGUUCAGAGGUGCCCACAGACACGGACAAUGUGAUCAAUGAGAUCCUGAACAUCCCCCUUCCUGUGCCCUCGCGCCGGUGGCUCUACGAGUACAUGAGAGAGCGCGGCUACUCCGAGGCCAUCCAGCAGUGGCUGGGGAGCAAUCUCACCCCCGCCAACGGCGGCUUCAAAUGGGCCUUUGAUAUCUCAGGAGCGGCGGCAAUGUUCAACUCAUACAAGCACAAGGACUACUGGGACCUUUUGCAGCAUCCUCCAGCAGGCGUGGAGGUGCACAUCGUGCGGGCAGCAGAUUCGGACAGAUGGGGUAAGCAGGAGCUGAGUCAGCUAGCAGAGCUUGAAAAGAAGACCGCUGACACCCCUGGAGAGGGUGUUGUGAAGGUGCAUGUCUUGCCAGAUGCAGGGCACUGGUUGCAUGUGGAAAAUCCCAGCGGCCUUCUGAAUAUGAUUACCCCGCAUUUGACAGAUGCUUCCAGCUGAUUCAGCGACUGGCAGCGGUAAUUCGCCGCCUGUGUAUCAUAUUGAUUGAGGACUCAGUCUAUUGGUUGCAUGUAAUCUCAAAGACCACGUACAUGAGCUAAAGCCCUUUUUGCCCGGCAAGGUUCCACCGGUGUGGUUUAUUGCAAGCUCAAAGUGAUUGAUUCUUUAGAACAAAAGAAUUGAUUUCUAGGACAAUGACAUCUCGAUAUAUGUGUUACAAUCAUUAUUGUUGGGAU